AUGGGUGAAAAGGAAGAAGCCGCUCCGGUUCUGCUACAAUGUCUCGAGAGCGGCCGUGUCGACGUCAUUUGCUCAAUUCUAUCGCAGAUGAAAAACCAAGCUGAUUUCCAUGCGCAAGUUGACAAAGUUUGUUGCAAUGAGGGAACACUUCUUCACAAGGCCGUUGGGUUAGAUGCUCCGGAUAGUGUUGCGGCUCUUCUUUCGGGAGGCGUUAACCCAUGUGUACAAAAUUCUGACGGAAAAACAGCGUACCAAUGCUGUAAAUCCGAGAACGUGCGUCUCUCAUUUGUGCGCGAAGCACUUCAGUCAAUCACAAUGAACAAAACUGAGCGGCUAUGCCAACUGAUACGUGCUGGCGUCUCAGUGGAUUCAGUUGACACGCAGCAAACCAAGAACACGCUUCUAAAUUGGGCAGCAGAGUUCGCAACAGCAGACGUCAUCAAAGCCUUGCUGACUAAUGGUGCAACUGUGGACAUGGCAAAUGCAAAAGAUGAAACACCACUACACACAGCAGUGCUGAAAGCUGAACCGGAGGUCGUCAAACUUCUGCUCUCGUCUGGUGCAAAUCCUUCGUUGAAAACUAAGAAAGGCCAAGAUGCGUUUGCUCUUGCCGAAACCCACAAUCCUGCACUUUUAUCGCUACUCAGCAUGGAUCAAAUUGCCAGAGAUAUUCGACAUCAUAAAUCUGUUGAUGAUAUGGAUGAUCGGAUGUCGCUGAUUUCUUGCACGGAGACGUUGAACACACAGAUUUUCAACGAUUCUAUAAAGUACGAGAAAUAUAUUGAGGGAGAGAUAGACUCAUGGACAGAUUUGCUAUGGCCUCAGCCGAAACUCAUAUCUAUAAAACAUCAGUCAGUCAGAAACUUCGAGUUCCCGAAGGAUGGGAAGCUAAAGGUUUAUUUCGAUGACUGCUCAAGUGCGAAUCCACGUCAAGUUAUGCAAAUUAUUGAGCUCAGUAAACCACUUCUUGUCAGUGUGGGUGUGGAUAUUGAGUACAGAGGACAUCGUUUGGCAGAUCAUGAAACCUCAGCACUGGAAGGAAAAGUCACAUGUGGUGUGUUCGAAGAUGGACGUCCAUCAGGAUCAUAUACGCUCACAAUUGACGCUGUUAGAGGUGUGGAAGUUAUUGGGUCUGACUAUGCUGGAAUUCGUCACGCCUUCGCCACAUUUGUCCAAAUUGUUAGACUACAUAAAUAUGCUCUGCACAAAAGUGUCUAUUAUAAUGGAGGAUCAAGUGCUCCUAGUUCACCAAACGGAAACGCAAGUGGUGAUCACAGCAUUCUGAACGGAAGCAAUACCACCAAGCAUCUUCCUGACAUAAGCGCUGACGGAACCAUCAAAGAACUCACAAUCAGAGACCAACCGGAUCGUGCGUUCAGAGCUGUAUAUCAAGACUUCUCGGGAUGUCGCAUUCUCAAUCCAGAUACUGUAAGCGAAGAUUUAGGUAAAUCGAAUUAUAAUCUCUGCCUUCAGAUCUUAAAACUUGCUACUAGGCUUUCAUCAUGCAAAGCAAACUAUUUGUUUGUGAAUUUUGAAGUGAGAACUACUGAUAGAUACCAGCUACCGUAUACAAAUCGAGAACUCUUCCAUAUGAUGCAAGUGUGUCAGGAACUUUUUAUCACGUUUGUCCCCUCCAUCGACACCCAAUCUAACUAUUUGGAAGGAGAUCAAGCUAAAAGCAUCAUCGAUCAAUUUUUAGAUGAUUUUCCGUUAUGCAAAGUUGUUCAUUUCGGACCAAAUCUCACUAGCUUACUGAUUGCUGAUAGAAAACUGUUGACCUCAAUCCAACGUCGAGUUCCAAGGAUCUAUCUUUCUACUCAUGUCGAUGAAAAGAAUGGACCUUUGCUUUCGACUCUUCCACCAUUUGUAACCCUGUGUGUAGAAGGAACAUGGCCGUUUGAAGUGGAGAAAUACGUUUUUCCCCGGGUUUCCGUUGUUAUCAAGUUUUCUACUGGCGACGAUGGAUAUCUGUGCGCCGCUCCAGAAUCAGUUGCCAAAAAAGCUCUUUUAGCAGCCAAGCUAAGUGACCGACAAACCGUACUUGGAUCAAUGGUGUGCGAUCUAUCAACAGGAUGCGAAGCGAUGCCACCGUCGUUGUCAUACAUGUCUCUUCUUGCUUCAGUUGGAGUUGCCUACAACAGCUCCACAGAUAUGAAGAAAUAUGCGUUCUUGCUUCCAGUCAUUGCCGCUCAUCAUAUGCUUCUUGACGGAGAUAUGGUGACCCUGUUCGAACAGGUUCAGACACUUGGAAAAGUAGAACACCAACUCACAAAGUACGCCUAUGGAUAUUGGAAACCGAAUAGCAGCAGCUCACCAAACGUUGACAUUUCGGCAACGUCGGAAACAACACUCUUCGGAAUGUCAGCCAAUAAGAAAAUGCCAAUAUCUGUAUUCGUAGAGAUGAUUCUCAAUCCAGAAAAUAUGAAUAUGGAACGUCUUACUCCGGUGGUGUUCAAAAAAGCUCGUAUCGAGUUGAAACGAACGUCAUCAGCUCUGGAUGCUAUCAGUAAAUUGUUGCCGUAUAGUUAUGAUUUGGCUUUAGUUCUGGAAGAGAUUCGUCUCGUCACGGAACUGAUGGUCCUUGUCAGUAAACUAGGUCAAUAUAUGUGCGUCUACGGAGGUCAACCAAUUGACCGCAAGAAAAGCUUCGAGGAGGGUCUCCCAUAUUCACCAGGCCGUGUAGGAGUUAUCAAUUUGCCUCCGGCUAUUCGAACCGAUUUAGCAAACACAAUGCUUCGAGUUCGUGGCCAGUUUCAACAUGUUUGGUUGUCUCGCUCAAUCCCAAGCACACUUCAAAAUGCGUUAAAAAUGUUUGACAAUUUGUUCAGAGCUUUACUGCCUCACGAUUUACAAGAAAUGGGUAAACAACUUCUGUGA